GUGGCAUCGUGCACCAGCAUCCACUCUACCCUGCAGCGGCUCUCAGUCUCUCUGGACUCCUCUUGAUGAGAGACAGAGCAAAUCAGGCACGUACGUUAAAAAAGGAAGAAAAAAAAAACACACAAAGAUACAGCUGCACAGAUUUCAAUAAAAAGAAACAAAUCUGUAAAGUAAGGAAAGAAAUACGUGGAGGGACACAGACAUCUCAUCUUUGGUUCCAUCCUGCCGAGAGUUUUACCCACCUGCUGAGGAGAGGAGAUGGAGAACAACAUGACUGACUGUGAAGAGGGAGAAGGGGGACCCACCAGCCAGGGUGAUGGACACCCCAAAGAGAGCAGUCCUUUCAUCAACAGCAGCGCAGCCUCUGAUAUGGAAAAGAGCCAGCAAUAUGACGGCAAGAGCAUGGCCCUCUUUGAGGAGGAGAUUGAUACCAGUCCAAUGGUCUCCUCUCUGCUCAGCUCUCUGGCCAACUACUCCAACCUGCCAACUGGCAGCAAGGAGCAUGAAGAGGCUGAGAAUAACGAGGAGGGGGCGCGGCCGUCUAAAAAACCUGUAAAGGCCCCUCAGCUCGGCACUCUGAUGGGAGUCUACUUGCCAUGCAUCCAGAAUAUUUUUGGGGUGAUCCUUUUCUUGCGGAUGACAUGGAUGGUUGGGAUUGGCGGAGUCUUUGGCUCGUUCAUAAUUGUCUUCAUGUGUUGCUCUACGACCAUGCUCACAGCCAUCUCUAUGAGUGCCAUAGCAACAAAUGGAGUCGUACCAGCUGGUGGGUCGUAUUACAUGAUCUCUCGCUCCCUGGGGCCAGAGUUCGGUGGAGCUGUGGGGAUUUGUUUCUACCUGGGAACCACCUUUGCUGGGGCCAUGUAUAUACUGGGUUGUAUAGAAAUUCUUCUGAUUUAUAUUGUUCCACAGGCAGCCAUCUUUAAGAUUGAGGGCCUGGAGGGUCCCGAGGCAGAGAUUGCUCUCCUCAAUAACAUGCGGGUAUAUGGCACCAUCGUGCUCAGUUUCAUGGCCAUAGUUGUUUUUGUUGGGGUCAAAUAUGUCAAUAAGUUGGCGCUCGUCUUCCUGGCCUGUGUUAUCCUAUCUAUUCUGGCCGUUUAUGCUGGAAUCAUCAAGACUGCCCUUGAGCCUCCUGUCUUUCCUGUUUGUCUCCUUGGAAAUCGAACGCUUCUCUCUAAAUCAUAUGACGUUUGUGCAAAGGUCAUUGAAAUAGACAAUGAGACGAUCACCACGAAAAUGUGGAGAUCAUUCUGUGAUUCUGAUUCCCUCAAUGCUACAUGUGAUGAAUAUUUCAUCAACAACAAUGUUACAGAGAUGCAGGGCAUUCCGGGGGUCACUAGUGGGAUCCUUGCAGAGAACCUGUUUGGAAACUAUCUGGAGAAGGGAAUGAUCUUGGAGAAGCGUGGAAUCUCAUCCAAUGUGGAUCCUGAAAUUCCAACCACCAACGCCAAUCGCUAUGUCCUGGCUGACAUCACCAGCUUCUUCACCCUACUGGUGGGGAUUUAUUUCCCUUCUGUUACAGGGAUCAUGGCAGGCUCAAAUCGCUCUGGUGAUCUGCGCGAUGCCCAGAAGUCCAUCCCGAUUGGUACCAUCGCAGCCAUCACUACCACCUCCACUGUGUAUAUGUCUUGUGUAAUCCUAUUUGGUGCUUGUAUAGAAGGAGUUGUACUGAGAGACAAGUUUGGAGAAGGGGUUAACGGUAACCUAGUGAUUGGCACGCUGGCAUGGCCUUCUCCCUGGGUCAUCGUGUUUGGCUCUUUCUUCUCCACCUGUGGUGCAGGACUUCAGAGUCUGACUGGAGCUCCACGUCUUCUGCAAGCCAUCGCAAGAGACGGCAUCAUUCCAUUUCUCAGAGUUUUUGGACAUGGUAAAGCUAACGGGGAGCCAACCUGGGCACUGUUACUAACAGCUAGCAUCUGUGAGAUCGGUAUUAUCAUUGCCUCCCUGGAUGCAGUCGCUCCCAUCCUGUCUAUGUUUUUCUUGAUGUGCUACAUGUUUGUCAAUCUUGCCUGUGCCCUGCAGACCUUGCUGAGGACACCAAACUGGAGGCCACGAUUUAAAUUCUACCACUGGGCUUUGUCUUUCCUGGGUAUGAGUCUGUGUCUGUCGCUCAUGUUCAUCUGCUCCUGGUAUUAUGCCAUAGUCGCCAUGGGUAUUGCCACCUGCAUCUACAAAUACAUUGAGUUCUGUGGAGCUGAGAAAGAGUGGGGCGAUGGCAUUCGAGGAAUUUCGCUCAGUGCUGCACGAUUUGCUCUGAUGAGGCUGGAGGAGGGGCCGCCACACACCAAAAACUGGAGGCCUCAGAUCCUGGUUCUGGUGAGCAUGGAUGCUGAGCAGAAUGUGGAGCAGCCCCGCCUGCUCUCUCUGACCAAUCAGCUGAAAGCAGGCAAAGGCCUGACCAUUGUAGGUACCGCUGUUCAAGGAACUUUUCUCGACAGCUACAGUGAAGCCCAGAGGGCAGAUCAGUCUUUGCGUAAGCUGAUGGAGACAGAGAGGGUGAAAGGUUUCUCUCAGGUGGUCGUUUCCUCCAUCAUGAGAGAUGGGACAUCACACCUGAUCCAGGUUGGAGGACUUGGGGGUUUGAAGCACAAUACUGUGAUGGUCAGCUGGCCUCAGAACUGGAAGCAGCCCGAGUGCUACCAGCAGUUCAGGAACUUCAUUGAGACUGUUAGAGAGACAACCAUAGCCAGUUUGGCCUUGCUUGUUCCUAAGAAUAUCUCCAGUUACCCGUCCAAUGGAGAGCGCUUCACUGAAGGACACAUAGAUGUGUGGUGGAUCGUCCACGAUGGAGGCAUGCUGAUGCUUCUGCCCUUCCUGCUCCGCCAACAUAAGGUGUGGCGGAAGUGCAAAAUGCGCAUUUUCACUGUGGCACAAUUGGACGACAACAGCAUCCAGAUGAAGAAAGACCUCAUCACUUUCCUUUAUCACCUGCGCAUUGAUGCUGCUGUGGAAGUAGUGGAGAUGCUUGACAGUGACAUCUCAGCUUAUACCUAUGAGAAGACACUAGUAAUGGAGCAAAGAUCUCAGAUCCUCAAACAGAUGCAUCUGACAAAGAAUGAGAUGGAGAGAGAGAUUCAAAGUAUUACCGAUUCCUCCCGUGGAUCCAUUCGUCGUAAAAACCCGCCAUCCUUGCAGCCCCAGCACAGCAUGGAGGAGGGAACCAGUCUGGCAGAAAAACCAGAAGAUAAGUCUGAGGCUGUCUCCAACCCAAAACAGGUCCGCCUGAUUCAAAGUAAGAAUGCAGCCAUACCCACCAGCCCAACAAGUCCCACUUCCCCUGCUGCCACGCCUGCAGGAGGCACUGUCACCUGGAGAGACAGCAAGGGCCCGGAUAAAGGGAUGACGGACUCAGCAGCGACUGCAGGGGCAGGCAAAGACCCACUUAAUAUGAAACCGGAAUGGGAGGGCUUGAACCAGACGGAUGUGAGGCGCAUGCACACAGCAAUGAGACUCAAUGAGGUCAUCACAAAGAAGUCCAAGGAAGCUAAACUAGUCCUGCUCAACAUGCCAGGACCACCAAAGAACCGAGUGGGCGAUGAAAACUAUAUGGAGUUCCUUGAGGUUCUCACUGAAGGUCUCAACAGGGUUCUCCUAGUGCGAGGAGGCGGGCGAGAAGUCAUCACCAUCUACUCCUGAGAGGCUUAAAUUGGCAUUUUAAAGAACUUGUGAGUUCUUCUGCUUCACUGUGAUUCUAGGAAAAUCUUCCCUCCAACCCAUCACCUGUCCCCUCAACUGGCAACCAGCCUGCAGUGCUUCCGGGAACGUCGACCCAUGACCUAACUCCACCUUUACCUCCAAAUCAUCUGAGCUCAUUUCACCUGAUAACUUUUUGGAAGAACUUUCUGAUUUAUUCUGAAUUUUUCCUUCUCAUCUAUAAGAAACAAAUGUCCUUUUUGUCUCUUAUCUGUCAUUUGACAUCUGUGGCUCUUUGAGAGUUUGUUCAUCCUAAACCAUUUUGGUUUCUGUCCAUGAUUGUAAUAAUGACACCAAGUAAUAUUAUAAAUGACUGAAUUAAUGGAGGUGACUAUUAUGUGUUCAUUUAGAUAAAACUAGCGUGUAAAAGCAACUAAGGGUGGGUUCUUUGUUAUUUCAUGUUUAGAAAAUUUGAUAGAACUUUGGAUCUAAGAAAAAAUAUUUUAUACAAAUCAUGGCCAUAAAUCUGGUCAGUUUUACAUUCUUGUGAAUCGUUAACCACCUAGUAAAUUGUAGAAUUCAUAUUCAAGUAUGUAUUUCAUAAAUCUGAACACUUAUCUGUGGAAAAAGUAAAAAUUCUCUUUUUGAAGAGCAAUAUCACAAUACUGUAGAUGACAUUACAGAAUAGAAAAAAAUGUGCUUCAUCACAAUGUAUUUGCUUUCUGCUGUGUCAGUCAUUUUUUUUUUUAUCUAAAAUGCUAGCUUAUUUUUAAAGAUGAAUUCUUUAUAUUAAUGCUCUUAUUCAGACGUUGUUUUUCUUUUUUCGAAUGGUAGGAUUGUGCAUGUCAGCUGAAUCUGUUGCAGAUUAAUUUCAUAAAUUGGCCAAGCUUUGCAGCACUAAAUAGAGAAAGCUGUCAAUUUUUAUUGGUCAACUUUGUGGUCUGAUUAAACUUUCCCUUCACUGUGAAGGCACGCUAUGUAACUGCUAAAAGUUAGAGGCACAACUUUGUAUCAAAUAAAAAAUACCCUCUUAAUUGAUAGGAAUAGUAAAGUAUGUGGUUUAGAAAUAUGUUUACAGAUGCAAUUUAUUCCUUAAAUGAGAUUGCGAUGGAAAAAUGUUCUGGCACUUUUUUAUUAGCUUAUUUCACAAGCUGCGGUUCUGAGUAUUUCUGACAUGUGAACUAAAUCAUGCAGAAACAUCUGUUCAAAGGUAAUUAUGUUCACUAAAAGUCAUUGACUCACGGCUGCACAAAACCUGCAAAAUACAAAUAAAAAUACAAACAGUGAAAUGUGUUAAAAGUGAAUUUCAGAGGGUGUGUGCAACAAUUUUGAGAUUACUUUGUUAAUCAGAAGCUACAUUAAUGAGGGUAUCUAUGUUUUGAUGAUUUAUUUAAUGCUCCAGCUUAUUUUAAUUUUUUAUGUUUAGUUUACAUUUUAUUAGCUUUUACAGAAAGGCUAAAAUGGUAAACCACAAAACUUUGUCAAUAUUUGGCAUAAAACUUCAUCAGAUAACUGGAGGAGAGCUAGGCCUAAAAUAUCCACAUUUCAGAAUAUAUUAUAUUCAUUUAGAUAAAUGAAGAGGACAAAAUUGGAUCCUUAGAUGUAAUGUUUAUUCUGAACCUCUCUAUGUAGCAACAAACUCAAGUCAAAGUGUUUGAAUUUCAGUUUAUUCGGCAUAAAAUAACUUUGAUUUUUAAGCUUUUGAUUUGACUGAGUUGAGGACUUUCACUUGGAUUACCUGAAACUUCAUUGUUUCUGUUUUUUUGUUGUUCUUUUUUUCACAUUUUGGUAAAAUAGCUUUUGCAUUCAUGGAUCUGAUGUUAUUUCUGGUGGAUUGCUUUAACCAUAGUUUUAUUAACAUUUACAGUGUUGUAUAGUACUGAUGCAGAUAAAGAGGCCCAGAUCAUGAUAUUACCAACAUGCUUUCCAAAUAGGCUGCUCCUUUCCUGUUAGAUUGUGUUCUUUAGUGCUUUUGUUUAUUUUUUACAUUUGAAACUUAAAUAAAUAUCUCAAUGUUUUAUUUAUCUAUAGAUUGUUUCUCUAACAGUAUUGCAUUAGACUACACUGUGCACAGAUGAAGCUCUUUGGAGAACCUCAUCUGUAUAGUUUACACCACUGGAGGUCAGUGUUUAUCAACAUGUCUGAUUCCUACUGAGAAAACUGUUUUGCUGCUUCGACUUUACAGAGAGCUUUUUGGUCGUGUUUAUUUUCAAAGUUUGAUUUUAGUUGAACAGUGGAGGGAAGAAUAUCAUUGGUAUUAUAGUUUUAUUUAUUUGUAAAUGACAGCCAGUUCAUAAUCUUAUGAUCCACUAUGAAUGCUACUGUGCUUGGGGGAAUAGUGAGGCAAUGACCCCAGACAUGGCAGUAUGUCCACUAAAGAAUGUUUAAGAAUUAAGAAAACGAAAGUCUGCAGCCUAGUCCAUACCCAGAUCUUUUUAUUAUUGACAUGUUGUGAAAGAAAUUGUACAUCAAACAUACCCCACAAACAUAUUAAAAGAUGAACUUGAGGAGACCAACAUCAAAGACUCAGGCAGAUGACAGAGACUGGUAGACAGCUAAAUGAAUCUCACUGAUGGAGCCAACAUCAGUUAGGUGGGUAGGGUGUCCUAACAUUUUGUUCAGAAUAUACAUUUUUGCUUAUCUCUCUUAUACCUUGACUAAAACAAAUUUAAUCAUUAAGUGCAGUUAAUUAUUUUUCUUUUCCAGACAAAGAAAUAGAUUAGCGAUCAACAUGUGGGAAUUUCUUGACAAGAGACUGCAUAUUGAUGGGGCAUACCAAGUUAUUUACAUUGCUGUAUGUUUUUGGUCAGCAUUGUCACAUAACUCAUAAAUCAUAGCGUGUUUCCAACAUCCAGAGCAUGUACAGAUUAUCUUUAUGGAGAUAAAGUUUAUCUCCAUAAACUUUAUCUUUAUGGAGAUAAAUCUUUGUGAUUAAAGUUUAAUGACGAAAGCCCACUUCCCUCUCUAUCUACUAUUACCCCAUCCUUUCACAUAGGACUCACUUUGUGUUUUAAUUUUCUCUCAUUUGUAUUAAGAUGUAUCAUACAGUUUGCAAACCUUACCUCAUCCUUAAUACAAUGAUAUAUUGCUUUAUUGAAUAAAGUUUAUACAGAGAAGUGUUUGCUUUAUUUUACUGAUAAAGGUGGUUGCAGCAACACCCCCUGUGCAUGUAGUGGAUGUUAUUUUACAGGUGAUACAUACUGGUUCCUAGUUUGCACUGUUUGAAACUUUCUUUGCAGUCUGUGCAUGCUGGGUUUGUUUUAGAGUAAAGGGUAUCUUAAAGACACAAAACAUAUCAUUAUGUUUAACAGUGUUGAUCGGUUUAAGUUAGGAAUGUGUUUAAAACUAUUACAUAUUUUAUUUUCUGACCUUUAUACAGCUUUUAAAGUUACAUAGUUUGAAUGGACCGUUUUUAUGUCUGCACAAAAUGCAAUAAGUUUUAAAAUGAAUAAAAGUUGGCAAUACGUGGA